CACUCCUCGACGCGACUACACGAGGGCCCCGCCGGGAGAUGCACCAAGUGCCGACACGUUAUGGCCCGUUGAGAGUCGCGUGACUGUCGAGUCGUGUGAAGGCACCCUCCCUGACUCCUCGGCACCCCAACGAAGGUCUAGGACAGAAGACUUAAAUAAUACAGGACGCCAAAUCGAAGGCAAAGAUCAGUCUCAUCCGGUUUGAGAACUGAAGCCCAAACCCAAUACCAUCCGUCUACACCUCGCGACCGCCAGUGAAAUAUCCCGUUGCAGGUGGCAGGGGGUCAGGAGAUAAAGGGCGGGACAACAUGGAGAGCUCUUGCUAGCUGGCUAGCCAAGAGUCUUGACUCACAAGCUCAACGCGGACGAAGGAGGGACCAGCACCGGGCCCCACCUGCUCAUGAAGACCUUGGUAUCAGCUGGAAUGUUCGCCUGCUGCGCAACGAGGCUGUCACUUGUCGAAGCCACCACGACCUCCUUGCAACUGGUGCGGGAACCGAACCGCAUGCCGUCCAUCGCGCACUGGAACAGCAAGGCCUGCCGAGCGUCCGCGAACCGCACGAAAACGAUGCCCUUGUUCCGACGGUCGGUCGCCUUCAUCGGCAUGAAGAGGCUGUCGAAGCACCCCUGGAACCCCGACUCGUGGAGGAUAGAAGGAGAGAAACUCCCCCAGUUGUGGCUGGCCUGGGGAUGUUCUGCAGCGUGAGGCUCACCGGGGCGUCGCCCCGCGGGCCAGGGCCCCCCGCGGCGGGCGGCUCGGCCGGGGGGCCUGGGCCAUGCCGCACUGGCGGCAGAGGAGGAGGAGGAGAAUGGGAAUGGGAAUGGGGGCGGGAUACUUCUAAGCUGGGGGCGGACAGCGCGAACGGAGGCCCCCCCUGAGCCACAACGGCUUCGGAAGAGCCGCGGGCCGCCGAAAUGCGAGGGCGUCUGAAGAGAGAGAGCGCCCCAAUCUUGGGGACGAGGGCGAGGGAGAAAUGAGAGGGCGUCUGAAUGUGAGGAAACGCGGGGAGAGAGAAACGAGAGGGAAACGUGAAUGUGAGGACGGGGAAGAGAGAGAGAGAGAGAGAGAGAGAGAAAUGCGAGGGCGUCUGAAUGUGAGGACGAACCGAGUG